UCCAUUGUGUGGCGCGGCUGCCGGCAGCUCCGGAGCGAGGGAGCGGAGCAGGGCGGGCGCGGACGAGUGUAAAUCAAUGGGGAAGCCCCGGCGGCGCCCCGAUCGAUCCGCGGGCCGGGCCUGAGCCAGGGGGAGGCGCUGGAGGAGGGGAGCGGCCGGAGCCGAGCUCCCCCCCCAUCCCCACCCCCGGCGGAGCCCCCUCUUCCAGCGAGCAGAGGUCUCGGCUCCUGCGCUGAGAUGACCCCUCCACGCUCCUCCUGCCUCCACCGCCAUGGACGCUCCCUCUAACUUUGCCUCCUCUUCUUCCUCCUCCUCCUCCUCCUCCUCCUCCGCCCCCCCGGCCGACGGGCAGGAUGCCAGGGCUGCGGGCUGGCCACCUCAGGACCCCUCCGCCCCUCCAGCCACCAAAGAACCCUCCCUGCCGGACCCCCCCUCCGCCUCCCCUUCCCCCGCUGAGACCAUGAGGCCCAGCCCCAUCCCGCGGCUGGAACCAGGCCCCGCCAGUCUCCCAGCGGCCAUCUUGUCCACCCCACAACUCCAGGCAGGCUUCAGCCUAGUAGCACCAAGCCCAUCCCUCCUCCAACCCUCGGCCCCCAGGGAAGAUGGCCAGGAGGAGGAGGAAGAAGGAGGCAAUGAUGAUGAUGAAGAGGAUGUGGAAGAUGAUGGCAGCACAGCCCAUCUGCUCUUCUUCCCUGAUGGCUCAGCCUAUCUCCUCAGCGGCAGCCAUGUUCUCUUACCAAAGGGCUACCCUGGCGCCACGGCAACCCUGCCGGUGUCCACCCUCCACGUCCAAGAUGGCGGCCCCAACCAAGGCUUUAUGUCUACUGACCAAAUGUCCCAGAAUACCUCAGCGCCGGGCGAGCAGCCCCCAUCCGGCGCCUUCCGCAGCUACCGACUAGCCAGGGCCUCUGCUCCCACCACCUCUGCCAAAAACUCUCCCACCGAACCCAAAGAUGCCGUCACCGACGGGGAGGGGGAAGCCAAAGUUGGCCAAGAGGAAGAACCAUCAUGGCCACCCUGGCUGUGCUUGGCCUGCCGUCUCUCCUUCCGACAGGGCUGCUCCUUGGCAUCCCAUGCCCUCUCGGCCCAUGGGGUGCGGCUCAGCCCCGGGGAGCGCCGGGCCCUGUCCCGAGGGGUUCCCGCCAUUCUCCAGGGCACUGCCCUCAGCUUCCUAGAACCAAAUAACCCCACCAGCAGGGUGGACCUCAGCGCCGGAAUGUGUAGUGGAUGGGUGAAUGUAAUGAAGGAGGAGGAGGAGGAGAGAAGCCCCCAAGAAGGACGCAAGCCACCCGAUGCCAAAGAUUCAAGGGCCGGCAGCGUGGACUGGGCCAACGGGGGACAGGAGGAGGAGCAAGAGGAGGAGAAGGCUGAAGGCAGGAAGGAAGAAGAGGAUGGGCUGAGGCUUCCGCCAGACCAAAGCUCACACGGCCAAAGCCCACCAAGAGGCACCAACGUCCCAGAUGACCCACCACCACAGAAGGCCAACACCGAGGUCAGCGUUGGGUUGGCCAACACCGAGCUCAACAAUGAGGCCAAUGUUGGGUUGGCCAACAGCGGGGUCAACCCCAACACUGGAGGGGUCCCUAUUGGCUUUGGGGACGAUUACACGGCCAUGGCCUAUCCUGGGCUCAGUCUCUCUGGCCACAUGUCCCUGCUGCAUUCCCGCAACUCCUGCAAAACCCUCAAGUGCCCCAAAUGCAACUGGCACUACAAGUACCAGCAGACCUUGGAUGUCCACAUGAAGGAGAAGCAUCCUGAAAGCAACAGCCACUGCGCCUUCUGCAGUGCCGGAGGCCCCCACCCACGCCUCGCCCGCGGCGAGAGUUACAACUGUGGCUAUAAGCCAUACCGCUGUGAGGCCUGCAACUACUCCACCACCACCAAGGGGAACCUCAGCAUCCACAUGCAGUCGGACAAGCAUCUAGCCAACCUUCAGGGUUUCCAAGCCAACACGAGCAGCGGGGCCCAUCCGGUGCCACCAGCCACCCCCACAGCCCCGACCCCUGUGGCCCCUGAGGAGAAAGAGACCAAGAGCAAGACGUCCUGGCAGUGCAAAGUCUGCAGCUAUGAGACCGGCAUCUCCCGCAACCUACGCAUCCACAUGACAUCGGAAAAGCACAUGCAGAAUGUGCUUCUCCUCCACCAAGGGCUGCCAUUGGCCUUGCCUGGACUCCUGGGACAGCCGGGGGGCAGCAGUGGGGGGAAACAGCAGCCGCAGACUGAGCUCUUCCAGUUCUAUGGGGUGCAGGCUCUGGGUCACCACCAUGGCCACCACCAUGCAGGAGCCACCAGCGCCGUCCAGGGACUGCGGGUGGAGAAGCCCAUGGAACCAGCCCAGCUGCUGCUCAAUGGCUUCCACCCACUGGGUCCCGCUGGGAGGAAGGGGGCGGUUUCAGCACCAGCGGCUCCGGUGUCACUUUCCCCCUCCCCAUGUCCUCUGCCCCCGCCGGCCCCUGCCUCCCCCCCACUGGCUGUGCCAGUGGCAUCGGAGCGGCUCUUCGGCUGCCUGGUGUGCCAGCGGUUCGGCACGGACAGUGUGGAGGAGCUGCUGCGGCACUCCACCGCUCCGCGCCGGCUGCCCGAGGCCGAGUGGAAGGAGGUGGCGGGGGAUCUCCACCGCUGUCGGCUCUGCGCCUACGGCACCCAGCUCAAGGCCAACUUCCAGCUGCACCUCAAGACUGACAAGCACGCCCACAAGUACCAGCUGGCUGCCCACCUGCGCGAGGGGGGCGGGGCCUUGCCCACCGCCGCCCCCGGAGGGGCCGAGCUGCAGCCUGGCCCUGCCCCUGCCCCGGCCCCCCUCCACCUGCGCUGCAACCUCUGCGACUACGAGACCAACAGCAAGGAGAAGAUGCGGCUGCACGUGCGGGGGGCGGGGCACGAGGAGGGCGAGCGAAGCUACAAGUUCCUACUGGAGUUGGAGGCGUCGGCACCGGGUCCCGACCCCCCGCACUUCCACUGCCUGCUCUGCAACACCACCGCUCCUUCCUGCCUCGCCAUUCUGUCCCACCUGCGGGCCCCCCGGCACCGCGAUGCCCAGGGCCAGCACCGCCUCCACCUGCUGCAGGGCGGGCGACCCACAGACGAGGGCACCAAGGCCCUGGAGAGAUGCAUCCGCCUGGCCGAGCCCGUGCCCCGGAGCACCGGGAAGGAGUCGGCAUCCGAGCCCACGACCCCCGAGAAAGAGACUCUGAACAAAGCCCCGCCCCCAGGACUGGACGAGACAGAGACGAAGAGCCGCGCAUCGGGGGAAACCCAGACCGUGGUGUUCUGCUGCCCAUACUGCAGCUACGUGAGCCGGGCGCUGGCGGGGGUGCGCAGCCAUGCCGUCUCCCAGCAUGCCCUGCAGCCGACCUACCGGUGCCCACUGUGCCAGGAGGAGCAGCUGGUGGGCAGGGGCAGCCUGCGGGUCCAUCUCAGUCACGUCCACAACGUGGUGCCCGAAUGUGUGGAGAAACUGCUCCUUGUGGCCACCACAGUGGAGAUGAACUUUGCCACCAAAGUCCUACCCAGCCCUGCCCCCGAACCUCCUGAGACAGGAGCAGCCCCCAACCCUGAGUGCAGGGGGGAGUGUGAAUUCGCACCCACAGCGCCCCCUGCUGGAGACGCCACCACCUCAGCCCCACUCGCCCCUGCCCCCUCGCCUCCUCCUCCAGCAGCCGACCUGCCCCCCCAGCCCUGCCCGGCCUCCCCCCCGGCUCCGAAGGCCAACGACAUGGAGGAGGAAGCUCCUGUCCAGCUUCCCGCCCCCUCUGAGGAGCAGCAGCGCCCCCCCGAGACCUUGCCGGCCCUCCAGGACCCACGGCACCCCCUGUCCUACCGGAAAGCCACCAACUUUGCCCUGGACAAGUUCUUGGAUCCGUCGCGGCCCUACAAGUGCACGGUGUGCAAAGAGUCCUUCACCCAGAAGAACAUCCUCCUGGUCCACUACAACUCCGUCUCCCACCUCCACAAGAUGAAGAAGGCUUCGGCCGACCCCAGCGCCCCGUCCAGGGGUGACUCGGGGGCUCCCGGUGCCCCCCCGCCCUCCUCCGACAAGCCCUACAAAUGCACCACGUGCCGGGUGUCGUACAACCAGAGCUCCACCCUGGAGAUCCACAUGCGCUCGGUGCUCCACCAGACCCGCUCCCGGGUGGCCAAGGCGGAGGCCGCCAGCAAAGGAGAGGCAGGGGAGGCGGGGGAGGCGGGGGAGGCAGCCCCGGUGCCCCCCACUGAAGCCGAGCCCCCCAAGAUCCUGGAGGUGCCAGGGGCGCUGCCCUUCCCGGCACCGCUCUUCUCCCCCCCGCUGCUGCCGCCAUUCCCGGUCGUGCCGGAAUCUCUCCUCAAGCUGCAACAGCACCAGCUCCUCCUGCCCUUCUACCUGCACGACCUCAAGGGGGCGCCCAAGCUCGCGCUGGCUGCGCCGGCCCUGGCCCUGCCGGCCCCGUCCGCCCCGCUGAUCCUGGCUCCGCCCAAAGAGCCGCCCCCGCCCCCGCCGCCCCCGCCGCCUGCCCCGGCCAAGACGGAGACGGAGGAGGACGCUGGCGGAGAGGAAGCCAACGUGGCCUCCCACCCGGCGGCCAAGGCUCUGCUGGAGAACUUCGGCUUCGAGCUGGUGAUUCAGUACAAUGAGGGAAAGCAGGGGCCGGGGGGCACAGCCCCCCCUCCAGUGGCCCCGCUGCCCCGCCCGCCGGCCGAGAAGCUGCGGUGUGGCACCUGUGGGAAGGUCUUCUCCAACAUGCUCAUCCUGAAGACGCACGAGGAGCACGUUCACCGGCGCUUCCUGCCCUUCGAGGCCCUCAGCCGCUACGCCGCCCAGUUCCGGAAGACCUACGACAGCAUGUACCCGCCGUCCGAGGGCCCUGCCCCCACGGAGAUCCCCCCAGCGCCCCCCGGCAUCCCCCCUCUCUGCCCACCCUUCCUGAUGCAGCCGGUGCCGGUGGUGGUGCCCCCAGGGCUGGCCGAAGCUGAAGGGCGGUGGGUCCAGGGUGAGGAAGAGGAAGCAGGGAUGGACCCAUCCCGGGAUGGUCAGUCAAGCCGGCGGUUCUCCCGCACCAAAUUCACCGAGUUCCAGUCGCAGGCUCUCCAGUCCUUCUUUGAAGCCAGCGCCUACCCCAAGGACGGCGAGGUGGAGCGUCUCUCCAUCCUCCUGGGCUUGGCCAACCGGGUCAUCGUGGUGUGGUUCCAGAAUGCCCGGCAGAAGGCCCGGAAGAAUGGUGCUGAGGCAGGGGGCGCUGGAGGGGGCAUUGUCACCAGCCAACCCAGCUGUAAGAAAUGCCAAGCCGCCUUCCGGUGCAUCUUUGACCUGGUGCGGCAUCUCAAGAAAUGCUAUGAUGACCGUCCCUCAGUGGAAGGCAAUGAGGAGGAGGAGGAAGAAGGAGAGGAAGAGCCAGAGGAAGAGGAACCGGAGGAAGAGCCUGAGCCACCAGCUGAGGAAGAGGAGGCGGAAGAGGAGGAAGAGGCACCAAGGGGCGAUGGAGACCCCAAGGAAGAUCAGCCAGUGAACGAUGGAGCCAUGGAGCCCCUGGAGAGCAACGCCCCCGCAUUCUCUUCAGAUCCACCAGGAGCCCAUGGCUCAGCACUCCUGGCCCCUCAUGACCCACUGCCGGAGCUGCCCCGCAGCCAGGGGGUGCCCAUGAAGAGGAAGCAUGAGGAUGGGAGCCAGUCGCCGGGUGGCGGGAGCAGUGGCGAAGGGGAACCUCCGCGAGACAAGCGUCUCCGAACCACCAUCCUCCCAGAGCAGCUGGACGUCCUCUACCGCUGGUACGUGCAGGACUCGAACCCCACCCGCAAGAUGCUGGACUGUAUCUCAGAGGAGGUGGGGCUCAAGAAACGGGUGGUGCAGGUGUGGUUCCAAAACACCCGUGCCAGGGAACGCAAGGGACAGUUCCGGUGCGCUGCCAGCGCCGGGAUCCCCCCCAUCAAGACCUCCCCAUCCUCUUCCUUGGCCAAGUUGAGUCCUGGGGGCGGGACGGCCAACGUCUCCAUUGCUGGGAUCUCCAACAUCUCCAGUGGCGGGAUGGCCAACGUCACCAUCGGUGGGACGGCCAACAUCUCCGUUGGCGGGACCUCCAAUGUCUCCGGUGGGGGGAUGGCCAACAUCUCCAUUGGCGGGACCUCCAAUGUCUCCGGUGGGGGGACGGCCAACAUCUCUGAUGGCGUCUCUGAUAGUGGGACAGCCAAAGUCCCCUACAGCAUCAACCAGGCCGAGCCAGAGCCAUCAGAGUUUAACGAAGCCCGGAGCCCAUCUGGUGGUGAUCUGAGCGACUCUUCUUCCUCCUCUUCCUCUUCCUCCUCCUUGGCCGACCCAGAGUCGCCGGGCGGGCACGGGCGGGCGUCGGAGGGGGUGGCUGGGCUGGAUCUGCUGGGCCAGCGCCGCUACCGGACCCAGAUGUCCAGCCUGCAGCUGAAGAUCAUGAAGGCGUGUUACGAGGCCUACCGAACGCCCACCAUGCAGGAGUGCGAGGUGCUGGGCGAGGAGAUCGGCCUGCCCAAGAGGGUCAUCCAGGUCUGGUUCCAGAACGCACGGGCCAAAGAGAAGAAGGCUAAGGUGGCCUUGGGUGAGGGGGGCCCUGGGGCUCCCUCUGAGGGCCCCCCUGAGCCUCGGGCUGAGUGCCCCGUCUGCCAGGUCAAGUACGACUUCUACGUCUCCUGCCGUGGCCACCUGUUCUCCCGUGGCCACCUGGCCCGGCUCAAGGAGGCCGUGCAGGCCCAGCUGCGCAGCGAGGGCCACGAAGGGGUGCCAGGGCCCCCGCUCCUGCCCGUCCCCCCUGGAGCCUCCCCGGCAGCCAGCGCCACAGGCCCCUCCGCCGCCCCCAGCACCGGACUCCUGGGUUCCACGCCGCCAGGACGUCCCUUACCUCAGAGCCAGCUCGGCUCAGCGCUGGAGCCCGCCGGGGAGACCCAGCCAGAGCCGGGAGCCGCCGGAGCGUCCGUCGCCGGAGCCACCAGACUUCCCAGCACCGUGGCCAACCCCACCUCGCCCACCCUAAAGACCCUGAAGAGUUUGAAGCCGACGGUGCCCGCCCUCCUGGGCACCCAGUUCCUGCCCUUCUCCGUGCCGGCGGGUGCCCCGGCCUCUCUGUUCAGUGCCCCGCUGCCCGGCGGCUACUUCCAGCAGCUGUACGGCAUGAAGAAGGGGCUGUUCCCCAUGAAUCCCGUCAUACCUCAGACCCUCAUCAGCCUGCUGCCCGGCAGCCUGCUGCCCGCCCCCGAGGCCCCCGAGCCGGCCGGGGUCUCCACGGUGGACGUGGCCCACCACUACCUAUGCUGCCAGUGCAAGGCGGCGUUCGAGGGGGAGGCGGCGGCCGCGGCCCACCAGACCGGCUUCUGCUACUACGGCCAGCCGGCGCCCGCUCCGCUGCGGGUGCCCGUCUGCACCUACCACUGCCUGGCGUGCGAGGUGCUGGUGAGCGGGCGGGAGGCGCUGGGGGCCCACCUCCGCUCCAGCGCCCACCGCCGCAAGGCCGGCCCCGCCCCCGGCCCCGCCCCCGGCCCCACCCCGGCCUUUGCCAAAGAGGAAGCAAAGUUACCUCACUCGGACCCCAGCCCAAAAAGCAACUCUACCUCGACCACGCUUCUAGCUUUAUGAACCGCGCGGGGUGCAGCUGGAGACGGGGGGCACCUGGACCCUCCCCCCCCCGCCUCCCGGAACCCUCCCGCCCUGGGUGACCCCCAGCCUGGAACCCCCAAUGCCAGGCCCCAAGCCCCCUCACUCUGGGGAACCCCAACCCAGGACUGCCCCGGGUCCUGAGGGACCCCCCACCCGGAACACCCACUGCCAGCUUCCAACAUAUCCACAUACCCCCCAGUCUGCCUCCCCAGCUCCCAAUGUGCCCCCCUUGCCCCUCCCCCAUACUCCCAACCCAGCUGUAGGGAGUUGGCACAGCUGGGUGCGUGGGGGGGGGCGUGAAUUGAACGCACACACCCUGCCUUCUUGGUUGGCGAGGUGGCCCCACGUGUGCUAGGCGUGUUCCCAACACAGCUGGCCCCACACACCCCCACCUCUCCACACACGUGUCAGGCAUGUUCCCGCCACGCAGGCUCCCCCAAAUGCCCCCAGCCUUCAGCCCCACAUAUGCUCCCUGUGCACCCCAGAGACGUCUCAGACUCUGCCCCCCCACACACAUGAGACAGGGCUUCCACAUGACCCACCCCACCACCUCCCUCUCCUCCCCCAGCCUUUCCCUUCCCCUUCCCCCCCAGCCUCCCUUCCCCCCAUGCCAACUCCCAGGUGCCCCCCAGGCUGCCCCCCCCAGCACAUGCCCCGUACUGUUACCGAUCAAGACAGGCCAAAACCAAAACUCAACUCAACGGACAGCACGAGAGACAAACUCAAGGAAAUGAAAAACGGGGGGGGGGCAACCCCUGGACCCCCCAUCCGUCCCCCCCCGAAAUCCCGCCUCUUCUCCUCCCCUCGAGCAUGCUCCGCCCAUUGUGUAUAGAACUCGUCGGGACGGACGGACGGACAGACAGACACUGGCUCCAGCCCCAACCAAACAGGGGACCGGGGGCCCAUCGCCCCGCCGGUCUCUCGGCCGAGGGCUUUGCAGGCUCAGCCCUCGCUCCCCAGUGUUUCCGGGGCGACCCGGGGCGGGGAGGAGGGCGUGGAUCGAUGGACGUGCCCCCCCGACCCCCAAUCCUUCAAAGGCUUUAAAAGAUCCCCACGUGCCCGGUUCCCCCCACCCAAAAACUUCCUCCCCAUCCACCCAGGCCGCCGGACGAGGGAACGAAUUCACCCCCCACCUGCCGCCCCGCGAAGCCAAAGCUUCUCCUACCGCAACCAAAAACCCACCAACCACGCAACCACCCGAGCGAGGACCUGACAGACGCCUCCGCCCCCCCCAAAAGAGAACUCAGCCCGAGGCCGCACCUCAACGUCCGACGGCAAAGGGCUGGGUCUGCCCCCCUUCCCCGCCUCAUCCCGUCGAAAUGAUUUCAUUUCCGUCACCCGGUUGGGUAGUUUUAAACUUCCCCCCCCCCGUGUCCCCUGCACCCCAGGAUCGAGUCAUUUCUACGACGGGAAGGGGCCGUUUUGUGAGCCCGCUCGUCGCUGUGAACCAAACGUACUACAAACCAUGGGGGGGGAAGGGGGGGAAAUAAAACUUGGGCUUGUGCCCCCCCCGCCUCCAACCCGCCCUCCCCACCGGAGCACCAAAAAACCCGGCAUUUGUUGUGUAUUUAAAGAAAAGGGGGGACAAGGGAAAAGAUCCCCCCCAAAAGGAAAUAAAAGGAAUUGAAAAUAAAUGCUAUGAAAGAAAAGAGCGGUCGGGGGGGCGCAUCGGGUCAUGGAGCGGAUGGGCAAAGUGGGGGGAAGAAUCAGAAGGAGAAAGUGGACGGAGAUGGUGGAAAUUCCCAUUGUUUUAGGGGAUUUGUCCUGUGUGUUCCCGGCCCUGGCUCCGCCUCCUGUGGAAGGAGCCCCGCCCCCUGCAAGGCUCCGCCCCCUCUGGGCUGACUCCACCCCUUCUUUCCUAGCUCUGCCCCUCCACCUCAGCCCCUUUCCCUGCUCUCCCCACUCCUGCAGAGAUGCCCCUGUUCUCCCAUUGACCUCACCUCUUUUGCCAUAAGCCCCACCCCUCCUCAAUUAGACCCGCCCCUUCUGCCAUUGGUCCUUCUCACCUCCCUCGGCCUGUUCUUCCCACCCCUUUCCCCAUGAGCUCCCCCAACCCCUCUCUUCACCCUGGUCCCACCCUUUUCCCCAUCGGGCCCUACCUCUUCCUCCUUAGCCCCUCCCCUUCUUCCUUAAUUGAACUCCUCCCCUUAUUGGCCCCUCCCGCUUCCUAGGAGCUACUCCUUUCGCCCAACCCCUUCCUCCACCGAUCCCCAUUGCCCCCACCUCUUCCUCCAUUAGCCCCACCCCUUUCUCCAUUAGUCCCUCCCAGUUCCCUGGUUCCCCCUCCCCCCCUUAGUUCUGCUUUUUUUUUGUGACUAAAAUUGACCCCGCCCCUUUCUCUUUGACCCGCCUCUCAUGGGAGGAGGGGGAGCACAAGAAGACUCCACAUCCUUCUCCAGACUCCGCCUCCUCCCCUGCAGAGAAGAGGUGGGGCUAAGGAGGUGGGA